UCUCGCCGAAGCGAAGCCUUGCGCGAACCCGACUUCAGUUUCAGUUUCACCGCCGAGUGCCGAGCGGCAGCCCGCGACCCGCAGCUACAACUCAGUGCCCCUUCGAUCUCUGCGGAUACCACACAUCCGACACAUUUUCCCCGUAUCUCCUUUUCUUCUCGAAGUUUCACCCGUUUCAUAAGUGUUAUCCCACUCCGGUUUUCAAUCGUCUCGUCCCACCGUGAUAAGCGGAUUGUAGAGUUGGUGAAUGUAUAGCUCUUGAGCGCGGCAGACAGUUGAGACAGUCGAGUCGAUCCCGUGACAGUGAUGUUCCCGUACCACCGAGACAGCCACUCCGUGCACAGCUCCAUGUACCAGUCGAUGUCCCCGAUGUCGAGGAGGACGGAGCCCUCGAUGGAGGAGUACAUGAGCGGUCAGCUGGAGUCGCUGUUCUGCAACUCGCCGGUGCAGGUGGGCGCCGAGUCGGAGCUGCCGGAGCUGUUCCGCCAGCACAGCUCGUUCGUGCGCCUGGGCUCCGGGUCGCACUGCUCCUCGACGGCCUCCAAGUGGCAGAUGAAGGAGGCCUGGACGGCGGCGAUGAACCUCCGGCGGACCUACCGCGACUCGGACUCCGACUCGGGCGUGUUCUGCAACAGCCUCGACAGCUCGGCCACCGCCAGCCCGGACAUCACCGCCGAGGCCCAGGUCUUCGGCGACCCCGACCAGGAGUACUCCUGCUUCCGGAGACGAUCCAACUCUUGGCCGAGAACGAGGUCUCUCAAUGCCCCGAGUCCGAUUCAGCAGUUCGGCCCGUGUGGCCGAAUUAUGAAAAACUCUGCCUUGGUCAUGACAAUUCAGGACCCAGCCAGUCAACGACUUACAUGGUACAAACCACCUCUCUCCGUCCUCGUCAUCAAGAAAGUUCGCGACGUUUCAGUCCUGCAGCCGUUUGUACAGCUCGUCAGAUGGCUCAUGGAGGAAAAGCGGAUGGUGGUGUUCGUGGAGGAGUCCGUGAUGGACGACAGUUUGUUGCAGAACAACUCAGACUUCAUGAGCGUGCGGGACAAACUCAUGUCCUUCAGCGACGGCAAAGACGACCUCACGGACAAGAUAGAUUUUAUCAUUUGUCUCGGUGGUGACGGCACGCUCCUUUACGCCAGCUUAUUAUUCCAACAAUCUGUUCCUCCAGUCAUGGCAUUUCAUCUAGGUUCUCUUGGCUUUUUAACGCCUUUUGAGUUCGAGAAUUUUCAGGAGCAAGUUACAAAUGUCCUUGAAGGUCAUGCUGCCCUUACUUUAAGGAGUCGCCUUAGAUGCAUAAUUAUGCGGAAAAAUGAAGACACCAGUAAGUCCUCAGGCCCACCGACAAAUUUACUCGUCCUCAAUGAAGUGGUCAUAGACCGUGGUCCAUCUCCGUAUCUUUCAAACAUAGACUUAUUUUUAGAUGGAAAACACAUAACCUCAGUUCAAGGAGAUGGCCUCAUUGUAUCCACUCCCACCGGAAGCACAGCAUAUGCAGUAGCUGCUGGUGCUUCAAUGAUUCAUCCAAGUGUGCCAGCCAUUAUGGUCACACCUAUCUGUCCUCACUCGCUUUCAUUUAGGCCGAUCGUUGUCCCAGCCGGUGUUGAACUUAAGAUCAUGUUGAAUGAUGACUCUAGAAACACAGCAUGGGUAUCUUUUGAUGGCCGUAAUCAGCAAGAAUUGCUGGCUGGCGAUAGCUUACGCGUGACAACGUCGAUCUAUCCAGUUCCGUCGAUUUGUUCUCAAGACCAGAUCUCCGACUGGUUUGAUUCACUAGCUGAAUGUUUACACUGGAACGUGCGGAAGAGGCAAAAGCAUUUAGAUGAACUAAGUGAUCUCACUCACUCCAGUUCAAAUGACACAUUAGAUUCUCUGGAGCAUCAAAUGGAGCAUCUAGAGAGCUAGAUGAUAAGUCAGCAAAAUUGGAGGAAGAAAAUGACAAUAAUGUAUGCUCUCAGCUUUUUCUUGUUUUCUCUCAAUUAUUUGCCAACAACUGGAUAAGAAUGAUUAUUCCUGUUUUUCUUCGUACUCCAGGCAUAAAGGGGCAAAGAAUGCAUCCCAAUUUUUAUCCGGUUAUAAGCAUAUCAAACAUGACAUUCACAUGCGUGUUUAAAUUUUUGUACUUAAUGAUUUAUUUAGGAUGCAUCCUGUGCCUGGAACCCUCUGAACGCAGGUUUCAAAAACCUCUGAAAAUUCUUUUGUCCUCCGCAAAGUUUUAUUAUGUAGUUAAAUUGUUAUAAGCAAAAUUAAGUGAUAGUCUAAGUGUAAGUACUAUUAAUUUAUAUGACAAUUGUUUCUGUUAAUGUUAUAAAAUUUUCAACAAGCUCUGUUGUAUCUGGAAAGGUGAAACCCACCUGUAAUUUUUGAAUGGUGCUGAUAAGUCCAGCGUUGCCCGAUUCUGAAAAAGAUCUUUGAAUUUCAAGUGAGUUCUCACUAGAAUGUACAAAAAAUUCUUUAACCUGGCAACAUUAGAGAAGUGCUUUUGUUGAUUCCUUUGUGCUGUAUUAUUAUUUUAAUUAUUUUAAAUGUGAUCUUUUACCAACUAAUAAAUUCAAGUUAUCGGUCAAUCGGGAGAUUGAACCUUUUUUAAAAGUUGUUUACAAAUAAUUUCAUUCUCUGUGCCUCGAAUGCAGAAAGAGAAGGAAUCAUGGACUGAACGGUGAAUUGCUAAAUUAUGUUUGAAUUGGCACAUUUUUGACAGUGAAAUUCGUUGUUGAAUAAUUUUUAAUUUCACACUACUUGCAUCAUUGAAAUUUCUUUUAUAUUGAGAUAUAAAACAAUGUUCAUUACAAAAAUCUAACCAAGAUGAUAGACUUCAUUUAAAUCUCUAAAAAAUUUAUAAAAUAAGUCAAAUAUCGUUGCUGAUGAAUCUACAAGAUUUCUAAGAGCCUUGAAUUCAGGCAGCUAGGUUCAAUCAGUUUGUCAGAAGUGCUCUCUCAAUAUUAGAUGUGAAUUAAUUAAUUGGCUACAAAUUUAAGUAAUGUAUUUUUAAUGAAAUUUAUUUAUUAAAUUUCAUUGACAUUAAUCACUUUUCUUUAACAAUUUCAACGAUCCUGAUGUACAAUUUGAAUUUUCAUUUUUCCUCAUGAAGUUUAUGGAAAAGUUUGAAUUGAAUCCAACUGUAGACACAUUAUCUCUCAAAAACAUCUUCGAAGUAGUCUAAGCUUCUCUAUUUUUUCAUUUUUGAAUGAAAUCAAUGUUAGUAAAAUCUUCUUAAAAAUUUUGGAAGCCCUCACAUUAGUCUCCAGAUCUAGAAAGCACCGAGUGUAGCUUCCAAAACUCACAUUUACUCUAACCUCAUAGGUUUCUUUUUCAAUAUAUCUUGCUGGUAGUUGUCAAAUUUUAGAAUGAUUAUUUGCGUGUUCAAAAGUAAAUAAGUGUUUCUAAUUAUGUAUGACGCACCAAAAUGUGACAACUACCAAUCGUGUGCAAUAAUUUUAUUGUGAACUGAACAAUUCUAAAGCUCACUUUUCAUUUUGUAUGCGUCAGUCAUGAAUGAAGAUCAAAUUAACCGAGUUAAAGGGCUGUCAGUGAAUGUGUAUUCAAAUGAAGAGAAAUGUGCAAGUUUAUUUGCCAUGGGUUUUAAUGAGGCAUAUUUUCAAAAUCAUUUCCGUUGAACAGUCCACAGACAAUUAAUUUGGUUUUUUCUUCAAAUUGCUCCUCUGCAGCCUACAAAUUUGCUUAGAAGAUUGUGCAAGCACAUUUAGAGCUGGUUUAUGGCUUGAAGUCGAGGAACCCAUUGAAGGCUCCCCAAGAUAAAAGACUGAAUUUUUGCAAUCAAACUUUCAUUCUCAAAAUCUUAAUAAAUCUACUUUACCGUCUGUAUAAAUGGUACAGGUAUGAUUGAAUUGUGGAUCUGAAAAAUCAAUACUAUCUGAAGAAUGUUCACGUUUUAGUGCGGUCUUAAAUCGGAAUUAUUGAACCGGUCAGAGACAUCAACUACUCUUUCAUGUCUCCAUUCUCAAAUUUCUUGCUUGAAAGUAUUUUCAUUUGCUUAAAGUGAUUGUCUUCUCUUAUCUCAAAUCAUUGACAAAGACUGCUCUUUGCUUUUCUCAUGAAGUAUAAAAAACUCGAAAAAUUUUGACCUUUUCUCCUUUCUAUUGUUGCGCCAUAAUUUUUCUCUUUUAAAUGUAUGAUCAGUUGGUUUUAAAUUAUUCCAAAAAAUUGUUCUCUCACUGCAUAUGUUUUGAUCCUCAAAAAACAAAAUCAUAUUGUCCAAAGUAUCAAAGUGUGAGUUGACCUGAGCGUCCCAAGAUUUCUCCCAACCUAAAGCUUCUACUCAAAAACCUUCUGCUCAAUUAAUAUGCAUAUCAUGAGUUCCACAUCCUCAUGCGGUAUUUUUUAGAGAUACCUACUAAGCUGAAGGCAGGUUUCGUCCUUAUAUUUGUAGCAAUCUUCAAUCAUCGUUUUAUUUCUUGAAGUAGAUACCCUUCUCAAAUCGUAGUCUAUUCGUUUCUCUUUCAUUGAGGCUCCUUACCCUCAAACAACUUUUUUACAGAACAUCGGAAUCAAUUUUAUUCAAAGAGUUUUCUAACUCCAACAUAUUACCUCAAAUAUCUAGAUUAAUAAUCAGCAAAUUUUAAAAUGCAUUUAUAAUCCUAAUCUGCAAAUUGUUAUUCUGUUUGCAAAUACAGUCAGUAAUACUUUGAUUAUCCAAUGAAUUGUGGCAGGAACCUGAACCGGAUACCAAAACACUGAAUAAUCGAAAAAUCAUAAAAACAUACUAAACCACAGUAUAUACGUUGGGAAAAAAUGAAAGAAAUUUUGAUAAACUUAGAAAAGUGACAUGUUAGACAAACAAUGAGCAGAUAACUUAUGUAUUAUUGUAUUCAAACAGAAAAAGAAUAAAAACCUGUCAUGAAUCAUCUACCACAAAGAUGUCCUGUUCUCCAAUAACUCUAAAAGCGUUUGUUCUUUUGACGUAAUAAUAUAAAAUGCCUUAUUUUCUUUAGAAACUUUUUCUUUUCAAAAAAUCUUCUCAUAACUUAAUUCUUGCAGUAAAGGCAUCCAACAUCACCAUUGAACAUUUUCAGAAAAAUUUUUAAACAGGUUUUCAAUGAUUUAUUGUUGCUAUUUGUGUUCAUUUUCAUUAUACAUGUCGAAAAAAAAAAAUAUGAAACUACUAAAAUGUAGCACUGAAGUUCAUAGUGCUGGGUCAUUCACUUGUACUUCCGUUUUGGUGUGUAAAAGCUAUCUGUCCUCUCCGGUCUUCAGUGACUAAAAAAGCAUAAAAAUUUAUCACAGUCAUAUUAGUAUUCCGCAAAAACAAUUGAGCUUUUGUUUCUCAAAUUCUCUUCAAUUUUAAAGCUUGGAAAUAUAUAAGCAAAUUGUUACAAACCAUUUUUCAAAGAUGUAUUCAGUCUCACAUGGAUGUAAUUGAGAUAUUGAGUGAAGAAUAAUAAAUAAAUAAAUUAAAAAGACUAUGUCUUUAUCAUAGGUUUAUUCUACUCAGAAAAUUUAUCGCACUCAACCCUGAUCUCUUUCACUUGUCUUACAAAGUGACAGUUUGAUAUAAAGGAAAAAAUACAUCCAUUUUGAAUCUAAGAAUUGACAGAUUUUUGUCAACUGUCAGAAAGUUUGAAAUGAAGUGGUAAAUAAAUAAAGUUUUAAUUCUCUCUGUAAAGGCUUUCAAGUGGUGAGUCUUCCGACCAAGGUAAUUACUAAUUUUGUAAAAUAAACAAUGGCCUAAAAAAAAAGAAGAAAAAACGCUUGCAAUAUUUUCAUAAAUUUUCAACAUCAUUUAAUUUUUCCCUAUCCCAACUAUUUUGGGACCAUCAUAUUUUGUAACAACAUGUUUCCAUCUACUAUGUAAUUUAUCUAUUUGAUCGCAACUUUUCCCUGACAAUAAAAUUGUUCUUCCCCUACAAGUGCCAACAAAUGAAUACUUAUCAGAUAUCCAUUUCUUCAUCAUUUGUUUUGUGAUGAAAUUGUUUUCGGAAAAACUCGGAACGUUUCAUGCAUGAAAUUGAGUAGAUUUAUUUUUGUUAUUCAGCUAUCAUUCUUGGUGAAUUAGAAGUUUCUGUAUUUUCUACAGAUGAAUUUUAAGAAAAAUACCAGUACAUUUCUCAAAUUUUUCUUUCAGUAGAAUGCUUUAAUCGAAUAAAGUUUAAAAAUGUUUUUUUAUCAUAACGUUCAGGUUUUUUUUUUUUUUAUCUAAUUUUUUUAAAUGAAAUUGGCACAUCUAUGCCUUAACCAUCAGGAGUUUCAACUCCUCCCAGAACGCCAAAUGGUACAAUGUAAAACAAUUUUUCUUAAAUAAAAUCCCUGACUUUCUUGUUCACGCUGUUUGGUACAACUAGCAAUGUCUGUCAUCUACUUCAGUAGUUUUUCUCCAUCAUGACAUUUUGGCAGCCAUUAAAUUUUCAAGUUAUUAAUUGUUGAACCUUUCCAAAUUAUGCUGUGCAUAAUUUUUCAAAGUAUUAAUCAUAGUUUUUUCCCUACUUUUCAUUUUUAAUUUUAUAAUUUAUUUACUGCAUACUUAUACACUCGUCUUAACAAUUAUUUACUUGUAUCUGUUUGUGUAGUCAUAACUUUUAUUUUGAAUUGUAUUUGAAAAUAAUAUUUUUUAUUCAUCAAUCAUU